AAGAGAAGGCUUCCUCCCAAAGCCUUCCAAGCCAGACACACGGCCGCCGCAGCCGAGAUGGCCGCCGGAGAUGCCACCCACGCGCCGCCGGCCGCGGAGGCGCAGUCUCUGGUGGAUUCGUUCUGCGCAGUCACCUCGGCGACCCCCGACGAGGCGACCUUCUUCCUCGAGGGCCACAACUGGGCCCUCGAGGCCGCCGUCCGCUCCUUCUACGACAACACGGAAGUCGACGCCGAUGGCCCCGAUCCGGCACCCCAGCCCCCGCCAGCCGGUUCGCCUCCGUGCUCCUCACCACGCGCCACGGCACCAUCGACGACCUCCUUCACACCGGCGAGCUCGCGCUAUGUUCAGUGGUGCUAAUGUCCGGGCUCAUCAUAAUCCUGAGCAGCGCCGCCAAGAUCACUCACCAGGUGCAGGCCCUCAUGGGCCAGACCACCAAGUGGCACGCCUGCUGCACCAUCGAGCCGGUCCCGGACGACGAGAUAGAUCCGGGAUCCAACCAGAACUCCAUGCUGGAGGAGUACCCCGAGCCCGAGGACGAGAGCGACUGUGAGUCCAGCGAGGAGACCGGCGACGAGGACAUGGUGGAGAACACCAAGUUCCUCCAGCCUCACAUGCACGUGAUCUCCUUCCAGAAGAGGCAGGCACUAGUGACCUUCCUGGAGAACAACAACGCCGGCAUCACCGUCUUCGGGUUCACGCUGGACCGGUCGUACCUCCACACGAUAUUCAUGCUCGAGUGGACGUUCUUCCUGUGGCUGCUGGGGAAAACAGUCGGCUUCUCGUGAAGACGAGGGACUGUAUGCACCAAGGUUCUAUUCUGUUCCAUGUUUUUUUGCUGUUGUGCUCCGUUUGAUCCUUGUGUGAAAAGAGAAGGAGCAGGGUUUUUUGUGUGCGCGUGCGGGUGGCACGUGAGUGGUGUGCACUUGUUCGUGUGUGUAUGCUAGCAGCGAUUUGGUAUGCUGAUGAUCCUGUAAAUUAUCAUGGGUUGAUUGCAUGUGGAUGUAAGGUCUAUGUACA